AUGUCCCUUAUAACGGCCCCGAAGGAUUCGCGAAAUGCAGAAUUCCUCACCGCACACUUACGGAUCUACACACAUAACCACAACAAAAACCAGCCUCCUCCUCUCGAAAUCCCCGGCGAUAUGCUCAGCUGCACCACCAAAAUUCUCGCUCUCUCCCCGGACUGCCGUGCGAAUCCCAUUGCCCCGGAGUGGAUCUGCGACUUGGGGCUGGCGGCCGUUGUGUGCCUGAAGAACUGCUUUAGGAUUUCUGGCAAGCCGUUGACGGAUGCGCUGGGUAUGGCGGACGACGUGUGCGAGGGGUUGUCGUGCCGGAGGAUAUUUGGGCUGUGUCCUGCAGAGGGGUAA